UGACGAGAAAACCGAAUAUUAACGAAGUAGUAAAGAAAUCAAGUUUCUUAUCGCUACACAUGAAACCUCUUAUCUUAACCUACGCAAUGCUUAAGUAAUAAUUUUAGCAAACAACCUACCGGUUAAAAUCUAAACUGUCGUAUUGAAUCUAUAGGUAUUCUUUAGUGUACUUCUACAAUCUACACUUAGGACUUCCCUUAUUAGCAAAGUAUAAGGAAUUUGGCGUUAAUUUAGACUUCACCAAAACUUACCUUGUUCUAGGAACUUGUUAAUGCAAAUGUAUGUAAUUAUCUAUAUUCAAUUCCUUUGAAAUAAUUGACACUAAUUCCUUAUAUUUUAAGUGGUAAGGAUUAUAUUCGAAAGUAUUACGUUUAUGUAAACACUUACUUUUAAUCCUUGCUGUUGACAUGUACGCUACACAAUGCUGACGUUUAUCUUGUUCUACCUUCAACAGCCGCGAUUAAAGUCAUAAACAUUAUUCUAUGUAAAUUAAUACUGAUGUUGAAGUAAACUUGAGUACUGCAACACUUUUUAGGUAUUUUAUUUGAUGUUACGUGUUUUAGUGUGCGUUUAGAAACAAUUAGUAAUCGUGUCUUGUGAUGAAAUAAAAUGGAAAUAAAAAAAUCAACAGAACAGGAGUACAAUCCUUUUGAACAUCGGAAUGUGAAGAAACCAAACUCAGAUAUAAGAUCAUUAGCAAAUCUAAUCAAAGCAUCGCUAGGCUCGGGUCUACUCGCGAUUCCUUUGGCGUUUGCUAACUCAGGAUGGGCUCUGGGCAUCGUUUGUACAGUCAUCAUAGCGUUUAUUUGUUGCCACUGCGUUUAUAUUUUUGUGCAGACAUCGCAUGAUUGUUGUCGUGUUGUGAGAAAGCCUUUGCUGGGAUAUGCUGAAACUUGUAAAGUCGCUUUCGAAGUUGGUCCGAAACAAAUUCGACCGUACGCUAAUUGGGCGAGCAUAUUUGCGGAGUUUUCAUUGGUGUUUACGUAUGUCGGAGUUUGUUGUAUAUUUACGGUACUUAUUGCAGAUUCCAUUAAACAAAUUUUCGACCGAUACGUCACAACCGUAGACUUGCCUGUAGAAUAUUAUUGUUUGAUUAUACUCGUUCCAUUAUGUUUGAUGUGCCAAAUCAGAUAUCUAAAAUGGUUAGCGCCUUUCUCUUUGCUAGCCAACAUUUUGCUAAUCGCCACAUUUGCUAUUUGCUUGUACUAUAUAUUCAAAGAUGAAAUAAACUUUGCUGAUAAGAAACUAGUCGGAGAUGGCGCCAGAUUUCCUGCGUUUCUCUCUACAGUAAUUUUCGCAAUGGAAGGCAUGGGUGUAGUGAUGCCAGUAGAGAAUUCAAUGAAGAAACCUCAACACUUCCUCGGCUGUCCUGGAGUGUUGGUCAUUGCUAUGACACUCAUCAUGUUGUUGUACACUACAUUGGGUUUGUUCGGAUACUUCAGAUAUGGCGAUGCUCUCAGAGGAUCAAUCACAUUGAAUCUACCUAUUGAUGAUUGGCCUGCAAUUUGUGCGAAGGUGUUUAUAGCGCUGUCUAUUCUGUUCACGUACCCACUGCACUUCUACGUGGUUUUGGAUAUAUUUACAAAGUACACGGAGCCUCAUAUAAAAGAGAAUUACAGGUCGAUCACACAAGUGGUUGCAAGGAUUGCUGUUGUCUGCUUUUCAGGUGGUAUAGGUAUAGCGUUACCAAUGUUGGAGCAGAUUAUCAACAUCGUUGGAGCAUUUUUCUAUUCCAUUCUCGGUUUGAUUAUACCUGGCAUCAUUGAGACGGUCUUCCGAUGGGAGAACCUUGGGAAAUACAACUGGAUAUUAUGGAAGAACAUUUUGAUAGUUCUGUUCGGAUUAGGCAGUUUAGUUUCAGGCUGCACUGUUACUGUAUUUGAUAUAAUCGAAAAACUUAAUAGUAAAAUGGAAUAA